AUGUCGCCCACCCCCGAAGAUCGGGCGCUCUCUGGCCCCGCCGCAGCCGACGAUGACGAAGAUGACUACAUGAACAUGGUCAUUGAGGAGCCGACCAAGAAGGAGACGUCGCUGCAGAGAUUGCAGCGCGAGAAACGUGAGAGAAUCGAGCGGAGUCGGAGCCACAAGACGAAGCGUGAGCUUGCAGAAGAAGCCGACGCUGCCCGCGAAGCUGCCCUCGACAAAGCCAUCGACAGCUCCAACAAGGGCUUCAAGAUGCUCGCCAAGAUGGGCUUCAAAGAGGGAUCUAAGCUGGGCAAAGGCGAAUACGGCGUCGCUGAGCCUGUGAGGGUGCAGAUGAAGGAGGGCCGUGAAGGCAUCGGCAUGGAGUCCGAAAAGAAGCGCAAGCUGCGCGAGACGUACGAAGAGCACACGAAGAAGGCCAAGGUUGAAAAAGAGACCGAGGAGCAAUACUUUGCAAGCAUGGCCCAGGAGCGGAAGAACAAACGCAUGGAAGGCCAGUUCAUCGGCGCUCAAAAGGUUGCCGAAAAGCUGGACACUGAGCCGGUCGAAGACACGCAGGAAGAAAAUGCGCAAGACGGCGAUGAGGGGCAGACUGGCGAUGACGAGAAACCAGCCAUCCCUGCUGAUGACAAGAAACCAUCUAUCCCUGCUGAUGACAAGAAACCGGCCGUCCCUGUGGAUGACAAGAGCCAGCCUCUGCGAAGCAUCCCGUUGAUCUGGCGUGGUCUUGUACGUUUCCGCUUAGAAAAAGAAAGCGAAGGUCUGAUGCGCAAGGCUCUUGAGACACGCUUAACACGUCUGCCUACUUAUGACGACGAAGAUGAGGAUGAAGACGAUAAGCGCGGCCUUGGAAAGGACGACAAGACCAAGAUGAUUGUACACGAGGACCUUGCUGAGGAAGACACUGAGCUGGAAGAAUUUAACGCCUUGGAGCCGCAGAAGAAGCUUGAGAUGGCUGUCCAGUACCUCCGCGAUAAGCACAAUUACUGCUUCUGGUGCAAGUACAAAUAUCCCAACGAAAAGAUGGAGGGCUGUCCUGGUCUGACGGAAGAGGAUCACGACUAA